AUGGUAAAGUAUGAGUCAUUUUCACAUGUAUUUAGUUAUGCAUGGGAACAUGUUGUAACUUGUUUCUGGAAAAAAUACCCAAAUGAAAACAGCACCCAUGUUUUAUCAGAAGAUGUUUUAGUUCGCAAGCUUCUUGAUGAGAAUCGGCUGUACACCAAACGGAUUAUUGGCAAAACAAACCCACUUCCAAAAUGGGGAACUACGAUAUUUCCAAGCAAUAUGACUAAAAUUGCUCAUGUUUUAGAAGAGUCCAUCGUGGAUCUCCAGCAUAAAACAAUGGUUUCAUAUACCUGGAAUAUUUCUUAUGUCACCUUGAUGAGCAUCAAAGAAAAAAUCCAACUAACAGCGGAUACUUCAGAAACAACUGAUUGCAAGAAGGAAGGAUGGGCAGAUUCAUCAGCUACUGGUCUGAGAAGAGUUUUACGAAAGUUCGGGAUCACGCGCUGGAAGUCGAACGCGCAAAAAGCCGUAACUGGAUAUGAAAAAGUUCUUGCAAAUUUUGAUCAAAGACCGAAAGUGGAAACUCCUAUUUCUGUUGAAGUAAAACAUUUGCACAUUCCAAAACUCAGUGAUAAUACAAUUGAAACAAUUAAAGAUGCCAAAGACAAAGCUAAAACCAAAGCUAUUGACCUUGCUGCACUUGCUGCUGCAAAGAAAGCAGCCAAAAAACCUCAAAAUAUUUCAUAA